UUCUCAGCUGGCUCCUCUCCUGGAUCAGGUGGGGGAGGAAAGGAGAAACAACUUAAAUCCCUGAAAUAACAGAUACGACCCAAAUCCAGAGACAGAAGGAAUUUCGGUUCCCUGGGAAGGACAGCAGAUACACCUGGCACGGCCAGGGAAAAUAUUGGACCUGUGCCCUCUCUGUCUCCCUCUGAACCACACUGAGGGAGCUCUGGGGGGAAAGGAACAGCCCUUGCUUUCCAUCCAUAGAAUCCCCAGAAGGCCCGAGGAGCCCAUUGCAGAGGACUGACUCGGUGUAGAAGGAAAUGGAUGGGAAGUGGGACAGGCUUGGAGCAUCUCCCAAUUCCUGGGCUGGCAGCCUGGCCACAGGGAUCACUCUCUGGCUCCCAGCUUUCCCUUGGAUCAGGUUGGAGGCAGGAGCUGCUUCAUUUCUUCUGUGCUUUCAGGUUCCUCUGCUUUUUGGAACACUUUUUGGAGCCCAAGUGUGGGCUGUGCUUGGGAGGAGCUGGGGAUCCACAUCUGGGAAGGAGAAGCUGUUUGGAUAAGAGGGAGCAGGAGGUUCCAAACUGGUCUGGCUUUAACCUGGAGAGGGAGAAAGGAAGUUUUCCAGUCCAACUCAAAUAAUCUGGGCAGAACUUCCAAUGCACGUUCCAAAGCUGGAAAUGGAGGGGACCUGAGGAAAAGCUGCUUUUGCCUUCCCUCAGCUGCCUUGGAAGCUAAGCCCGUCUCCUCAGGUGAGGAAAGGUGCUCUUCUGGUGCAGCUCCGCGCUCCCUGGGGAUCAGGAUGAAGUUGAAAGGUGAAACAAGAGGUGAGAGCUCCAAAACUGAGGAAUUUCAGGGGGACAAAGUGAUCAUGGGUUGGAGUUUCCAGCGUUGUCGCUUCCUGAGGAAAAGGAAGAAACCCUGAGGCCCCUCCUGGAGGAUCCACUGGGAACUCUCACUUUGAUAGCUGUGAAAUCCAUGAAUUUCCCUUCUCCUAGCUGGGAAACUCCUGCCAAGCUCCUGCGGGGCUGCCCUUGGUUAAAGGGAUGAAGGGAAAAACAACUCCCACCACCACCAAGGGCACGGAAAUCCCCACCUGGAGCGGCCCUGUUUGGGGGUGUUCGGGAUCCCUCCCCAAGGAAAACCCAGCUGAGAGGGAGGAGGCCAAUCCUGCCGAGCCAUGACUCCCAACUGCAGGAGGAAUUCCCUUCCCAAAGGACCUAGCCAGAUUUGGGGGGCUGGCAGCAGCAUCCUCCGGGCCCUGCUGCUGUGGAAAAGUGUCGGAACUUGGGAUUUCAACCGCCCAGAUUUCCUCCAGGAAACACCCACAAAGCUGCAUCGCUCCUAAAGUUACUUUUAUGGACAUUUCCCCCCCCCAGAAAUAUUUCUCCUUGGAAAAAUAACUUCCCAGGAUGCAAUUAAAACAGGUCUGGCCCUGACCCCCUUUAAGUACUUCACCAAAUGGCCCACGAAAGGCAGGAAUGAAAGGCAGCUUUGUUGGAAUUUCUUCCUGACAAUCUGCAUGAAUUCGAAAAUGGGACAUUGAUCUGGGGGGUCGGUGGUGCUGAAAAUGGCUGAGCUUGGCUAGGCUCAGCUUUGGGGGGAGUCUGUGCCAGUAAAGGGCUUGGAAAAUCUAAAUAAUCUUGGGCUGAGCUGAUCAAGGCAAUGGGAAUCCCAUUCCAGACCUACGGAUUCCAGCAACAGCCAGGGACUGGUGACUGUCUUUUAAUAUAUAUAUUAUUAAAACAUGCUUUGUAUGUCAAAGGAAGCUGGUUUGGCUUUCUAUCAUGGAUUAGAUAUUUAUUUAUGAUGUCUCUUAGAUCCAAUGUUCUAAACAUGGUAUUUUCACAAGCUGCAGUUGAAGCCCUUCAUGGGUUUUAAUCCUUUGUUUCUGGCAGAAGCGUUUUUUUCUCCCACCUCACACAGGAUCCCAGAGCUCUUUCCAUGAUUCCCUUGUACUGUUUCCCAGAGUUCUUUUUUAGUAGAGGUGUUUGAAAUCCCCAGUAACGUAUCAUUCCAUCUUAGCAAUUAGACCUGAGCCCAAGGGAUUUAUAGCAAACACUGGCAGAGCUCUCUGCCUUUCUGGAGCUGGGAUGUCGGUGGGUUGGUCCCUGCAGGAAGGUCCCUUCCCUGUUUUGCAGUGGAGGCAGGAGGCAUGGGGUGCCCACGCUGUACCCACGUAACCUCUCAUGGCCUAUGGGAUUUGUGCAAGGCUCUAAGAGAGUGGCAAGCACCAGAGCAGCCGGCUGGCAGGGAACCAGGGGGCUGCCCGGGGGCUGCUUAUGGCCCCUGCCAUGCAUUGGUAGGGAAUGGAAAGACCAAAGCCUGAUCCUCUAGCAGCAAAACCUGAGCUUGUGAGCUGGGAACAAAGGAAAAAGCAGCAGAAACUGUAGCAAAGCAGGGACUCAUAUGGCUGAGAUUCAGGGAUGUAGAGAAGUCAGCACUGUGCUGUCUGCUGCAAAGAUGGCCCAGUUCACAAGCUCAGGUUUUGCUGCUAGAGGAUCCUACCUUGGCCUUGCUGGAGCCCAUUCCCUGCCAAUGCACAGCCCCCCACUGCUCUUGCAUCAAGUGUUCUGCACCCGUGGCAACACGUGUGCCCUGUGUCCACGUGGGAGCAGUAACCGGCAAAAGACGUCUGCUGCCAGCACUUGUCUUGGCUGCUCCUUCAGGAGGCUGGCACCUUAAUCAGAGACACGGAACACGUUUGCACCCCUGAGUUCUCCCUGUCCCCUCCACUUUCCCCAAUGCCCUGGCUAUCAGCUGGGAGUCACAGUCGUACACACAGCAACUGGAGCUUUGAACAUCAGACUGGGCAGCUUUUAUUUUGCAGAAUGCAAGAAAAAAGUCCAAAUAACACAAGGAAACUUGACAGGAUGUCUGACCAAUCUAAUCUUCCUGCAAAACUCAGCAACUGAGGGGAGUUUUGUGCUGCCCAAAAAAAAUCAUUCCCACAAGGAGAAAGUGUUUCUGCCUUCUGACAGCUGCCGAGCAGGGCCACCAAUUGCUCCAGCUGCCGCUCCCAACAGCCCCCUGCAAGAGCACAGACAUCAGUGCCCGUUGACUUUGGCUGCCCUGGGGCAGAGAAGUGCCCCAGGGGCACAGUUCUGUGGGGCAGGAGACGGGCACCAGCCCUGCCAGGACUGGGGGCGGUGGCAGGUCUCCUUGGGCGAGGACUUGCCAGAGCUGCUGAUUUUGGUGCAGCCCCGGGCAAUGGGGUGGGAGCAACAUUGGUACCCUCGCCCCCACGUUCCUUCUGUGUGUCACAGCCCCGUGUUCGGGAGGGCCACCAGCCGGCACUUCUCCCAAGGAGCCCGUGCCAGCUCGUGUGGAGGCCCCGUGGCCUUCCCGCUGCGGCUGCGUCGGCAGCCGAGGGGGCUCCUUCUGCUGCCGUGGGCAGGCACAGCAGGGGAGGGUUUGCUUAGUUUUUCAGCUGUGCCUAAAGUUCGUGUCCAGCUGUCUUAGAUACUUUGGAGAAUGGACUCCUUCCGACCUGAGGCAGGUUGGCCGGGCUGGGGGAGUCCCCAGGGCACGGGGCAGGGUGUCACAGGGCCCUUUGUGACACGGUGGGAUGGCACGGGGCAGGGUGUCACAGGGCCCUUUGUGACACGUGAGGACAUAGUAGUGGUGGUGAGGUGGCCACGCCUCAGUGCUCCUCGGAGCGUGCGACGGGACGGACGGGACAGAGCGGUGCUGUGCGGAGCCCCCGUGCAGCCAACUCGUUCCUUGCUAACCCGGAGCGUUUUGAAGGCGUUUCUUUUGUGCGAGCGUCCUCGAGGCCAGACCGCGGGACUUGGUGACACGGAGCUUUUGCGAAGUGUCCCCAAUCCCUGCGGCAGCUGCCCUUGAGGCCACACUUCAGGACUUGACAACCUAUACUGUUUCCUAGGCUUAUCUCUUUCAGGUGCCCUUGAGGCCAGAUCACAGGAUUGGUGACCCGGAAAUUUUCCGGAGUCUCCAAUCCCUGCGGUAGGUGGCUUCAAGGGCAGCCUGCCGGACUUGGUGACCCAGAGAUCUUCCGAGGUGUCUCUCCCUUGCAGGUGCCCUCCAAGCACCUGUGAGAUGGCGGGAAGACGCCCGAGCCUGCUCAAACCCUUUCGGAUGAAGAAGGAAGGCCCUGGGACUGCCCCAGCACAGCAGCCUGAGGAGGUGGAGCAGUUCCAGCCCCUGCAGGAGGAUCCAGGCCGGGACCGGACACAAGACCAGGACCGUGCCCGUGGCUGCUUCCGCAGGGCAGCACAGGCCUUUCUGAAAUUCUUGGGCAUUCGCCAUAGAAAGACCAAGAUCACACCAGCCGAGGUCACGGCACAGCCUGACCCCACGGCGAGUGAGCUCAAGGCGCACCCUGAAGUCGGCACCGCGUUGACUGACGGCCCAGCAAACUGUGACAGCGCGGUGACCGAUGACGGGACAAAAUCCAACACGGCGCUGCCUGAGCUCACCACCGAGGCUGACGGUGCAAUGACUGAGGGCAUUGCAGACACUGAGAGCACACCCGUUCAGUGCCUGCCCGAUGCUCUCAGUCUGGAAGUUCUUGAUGAAGGAGUUGUCUCUGCUCAAGUAGCCAUGGAGCCAGCCAGAGACAUGGAGCAGAGACCUCCCAGUGUGCCCAAGGUGGCAUGGAUGAAGGAGGAGGAGGAGGAAAGCCCUGGGCCUGCCCCAGCACAACACCCUAAGGAGGUGGAGCAGUCCAAGCCCCUGCAGGAGGAUCCACGCCGGGACCGGACACAAGACCAGGACCGUGCCCGUGGCUGCUUCCGCAGAGCAGCACAGUGGUUACUGAACUCCAAUCCUGUUCGGCGUAGAAAGGCCAGGACCUCACCAUCCGAGGUCAUGGCGCAGCCUGAGCCCAACAUGACCAAGCUCAAGGGCGAGGCUGACAGUGCAACGACUGAGGGCAUUGCAGACACUGAGAGUACACCCGUUCAGUGCCUGCCCGAUGCUCCCAGUGUGGAAGUUCUCGAUGAGGGAGUUGUCUCUGCUCAAGUAGCCAUGGAGCCAGCCAGAGACAUGGAGCAGAGACCUCCCAGUGUGCCCAAGGUGGCAUGGAUGGAGGAGGAGGAGGAAAGCCCUGGGCCUGCCCCAGCACAACACCCUAAGGAGGUGGAGCAGUCCAAGCCCCUGCAGGAGGAUCCAGGCCGGGACCGGACACAAGACCAGGACCGUGCCCGUGACCGCUUCCGCAGGGCAGCACAGAGAUUGCUGAACUCCAGUCCCAUUCAGCAUAGAAAGGCCAGGACCUCACCAUCCGAGGUCAUGGCACAGCCUGAGCCCAACCUGACCAAGCUCAAGGGCAAGGCUGAUUGUGCAACAACUGAGGGCAUCACAGACACUGACAGGACACCCGUUCAGCACCUGCCUGAUGCUCCCAGUGUGGACGUUCUUGAUGAGGGAGUUGUCUCUGCUCAAGUGCCAGCUGUGGUGAGGUCCAUCCACUGGUGGCUGACUGCCAAUGUGUCUGCUGGGCACGUGCUGGAUAACACCCUUCUAGCACUGACCCAGGCACACCCUGCGGAUGUCGCCAUCAGCCUCCUGCGCUGUGCCCCCUCAUGUGACAGAGCUGCUGCAGUCAUGUGGAGGACCAUCGCCUCGUCGGGAACGACCCUGGAGAAGGUGCUGCCAACGCUGCUCUCUGUGAUGGAGGACUGGCCAUGGCAUAGCACCCGCACCUCCGAUGGGGACAACACCAAUGUCUUUGCCCUGGCUGCAACUCUGGCACUGUGGACGAUUGUCCAGGAGCCCCAGUGCCCAGGGCCAUUGAUGGAGCAUUCCCCCCAUCUCCUCGUGGCUCUGCUCUUCCAAGUUUUCAUCACCACAGAGCAGAUGUCCGAGGAGGUCGACAGCUUCUGGAGGGGAUGCCGGGAGGAACACGACCUUCCCACUGACCCCAACAGGUUUGCAGUGCUGAGCAUGAAGGCCCUGCUCUGCUGCCUGCACUGUGAGGAUGUGGUGCGUUCAGUGGACCACAGUCGUGGCUGGGCGAGGCUCCUCAAUGCUCGCAGCCGCCGCUACGCAGUGGCUCUGCUGGCCAGGGAGAUGCGCCGUGUUUCCAGCCCCUUGUGUUCCCGCAUCACACUCCACCUGCUGGAGCUGCUGAGCAGGGAGGAGCUGUGCUGGGACCUCCCUGCUAUGGCAUUCCUUGUGGAGGUCCUGGACUGCCUGGACAUGCGUGACUGGGGAGGCAGCGUUCUGCAGAGCCUUUCAAGGCACCUCUGGAGCGAGUGCCCAGAGAGGCGUUGCCUGGCACUCCGAGGGCUCCUGGUGCUCAGCCAGGAUUCUGGGAUGGCCAAGCGCAUCUGGAGCCUGUCAGACAGCCUGGUGCAGCUCCUGGGGGAUGCAGACAGUGAUAUGGUUUGGAUGACACUCUCUGUGCUCGACAAUGUGCUCUGGAGCAGUGUCUGGACACAGCUGCAGAAGAGGGUCCACAGCAAAGACCCCCUAAUAUCCACCCCCACCGGCCUGCAGUUGGCUGAGGCGCUCCGGCCACUCUUUGACCACGAGGACAGUAGUGUGCGGGAGGGCUCUAUGGUCAUCUUCACACGUGUGAUGACACUCACAGAGAGAAAGAGACCCCUGAAGCCACACGUGUGCCUGAGCCUGCUCCCGCUCUACUUCCACUGGCACGAUGAGAACCCAGUCGUGAAAAAGGCCUCUCGGGAAGCGCUGCUUCGUGCAGUGUGGUUCCUGAAGAGGAGGGAUCUCCUGAAGCUGCUGAAGACAGAGCAGCCUUGGAGGUUCAGUGAGUGCCUGCUGAAAAAGGACCGGAGCAGAGUGGCCAAGUACGUGCACCAGGCCCUGCCGUACCUGGAGAGCCCACAGGAGCCCGUGCGAGAGGCGGCCGUCAAGUUCAUGGGGAUCGCCGGCAGGUACCUGCGGGGACAGUGGGUAGAGCUGCAGAUCGUCAUCGAUGCCCUUCAAGCCACGACAGAUGACAGCAGUCCCACUGUCUCAAACCUGGCACUUAAAAACAUCAACUUCCUUAGAGCUGUACAGAGAGCUCCCUACCUCCAGCAGCUCCAAGACCAGCUCUGCAGGGCAUGGAGUACCCGGCCUUCUGUGUGGGGCUGUGUGUGCCUGUGCUGCGGUAGCUGUGUGGAGAGCUGAUGCAGGCAGCUCUGUCUGUUGGGGCCACCUGAGCUUGUGGGGAAGACGCCUCUUCUCCGCAAGCCCUUCCUAUAUUCCUAGCAUAGGAAUAUUAAAUAAAUCUUGUCAUCUGCA